AUGAGAAGCUGGAUUUGCAACAAAUCUCAGCUUCACCACUUCCAGUUCGAGACAAUGGUGAGCUCAGCCAAGGGCAAAGUGUGUGUAACUGGGGCCUCAGGCUUUCUCGCCUCUUGGCUCAUCAAGAGACUUCUUGAGUGUGGAUAUCAUGUGAUAGGGACAGUCAGAGAUCCAGGGAAUCGGAAAAAAGUUGGACACCUUUGGAAAUUACCUGGUGCAAAUGAGAGGCUCCAACUUGUGAGAGCUGAUUUAUUGGAGGAAGGGAGCUUUGAUGAUGCUGUGAUGGCUUGUGAGGGUGUCUUCCACAUUGCAUCACCUGUCCUUGGAAAAUCUGAUUCCAAUUGCAAGGAAGCAACACUUGGUCCUGCAAUUAAUGGUACCCUAAAUGUGCUAAGGUCAUGCAAGAAGAGUCCGUUUCUAAAACGGGUUGUUCUCACAUCUUCAUCGUCCGCGGUGAGGAUUAGGGACGAAACCCAGCAGCCAGAACUGUUGUGGGAUGAAACAACGUGGAGCUCUGUGCCACUCUGCGAAAAGCUACAGCUAUGGUAUGCCCUGGCAAAGGUAUUUGCAGAGAAAGCAGCAUUGGACUUUGCCAAGGAGAAUAACAUUGACCUUGUCACCGUUCUUCCGUCAUUCGUGAUUGGGCCCAGUUUGUCCCAUGAACUGUGUACAACUGCUUCUGAUAUCCUUGGCUUACUUCAAGGUGACACAGACAGGUUCACUUCGUAUGGGAGGAUGGGAUAUGUUCACAUCGACGACGUUGCAUGGAGCCACAUUCUAGUGUACGAAACACCCGAGGCAAGUGGCAGAUAUCUGUGCAGUUCAGUGGUUCUGGAUAACAAUGAAUUGGUUGGCUUACUCACGAAGCAGUUUCCGGUAUUCCCAAUUCCAAGGAGGCUCAGUAACCCCUAUGGAAAGCAGGCGUAUCAGCUCAACACAUCCAAGCUCCAGGGGCUGGGUCUCAAGUUCAAAGGAGUGCAAGAGAUGUUCAACGACUGCGUCGAGUCGCUGAAAGCCCAGGGCCAUUUGCUGGAGUGCCCGUUGUGA